AUGCUUCCGCCUUUGGACAAAGUUCCACCAAAACCCGCCAAAUGUUUGCGUUUCAUGUCCUUCAAUAUAAACGGCGGUAAAUCGCUCUUUAAUUACCACCCAUGGAACCUGCUACGAACAUACGACAAUCUAGCUUUGGCAUUAAACGCCGAUAUACUUUCCCUCCAGGAACUCAAAAUCCAAACAGACGCUAUCGCCCACGUGGCUCUGGUUGCAAAGUUCCGAGCGUUUGUGUCUGUCCCUAAGGAGAAAAAGGGGUACAGUGGCGUGGCGCUAUAUGUUCGGAUUCCAACGGACGAAGACCCGGACCAUGUUCGCCAGGCCCUAACUGUGAUUCGUGCAGAGGAAGGCAUGACCGGCCGCUUGUUAUCGGCUGAAAAGGUCCAAUAUAAAGAUUUGCAGCCAAACAAAGCCAUUGGCGGCUAUCUCGAAGCCGAAGAGGUACUGCAAAUGGGACUUGACGAAACAAGUCUUCGGCGUUUGGACACCGAGGGUCGUUGUGUGGUCGUGGAGUUAGCUGGAGGAACUGUGGUUUUUCUCCGUAUAUUGCCCAGCCAACUCGCAAGGAUCGGAAGAGGGCCAAGAGUUUCGUAUGGCAUUUCUUUCUGUACUUUUGAAGAGAUGCCGCAAACUCCACGAGAUGGGGAAAAAUGUGGUUCUCAUGGGCGAUAUAAAUGUCAGUAUGGAUCUUAUUGA